AUGCAAAAUAGACUAGAUGCCACCAACAUUGGUUACCGAUACUCCAGUCGGUUAAAUCCCGAGGUUAACGACGCCUACCCUCUGUCAAAUACGAUCAUGGAGGAGCCGAUUCCCCAGAAUUUCGUGACCCCAAAGAUCACGCACUUCACAGGAAACUCUGAUCCAGAGUUACAUUUAAAAGCGUUUCAGGCUCGGAUGUUGAUAUCAGGGGGAAACGACGCAAUACGUUGUAAAAUGUUUGUUGGCACGCUAGCCGAGAUCGCUCUUGAAUGGUUCAACACUAUUCUGAGCUCCACAAUCACCUUGUUUGCUGAGUUCAAACGUGCUUUCCUGGAAAGAUUUUUGGCUAAUAGGGCAAAACCAGUGGAGAUGGCAGACAUGUUUGACAUACGACAGUAUGCUGAAGAAUCAUUAAAACAGUUUCUCAAUCGCUUUACCAAUAUUAGCAUGAGAGUGGUCGAUCCUAACGAUGGUUUACUUGUAAAAGCCUUUGUGAAGGGGCUUCGUGCUAGUUCUUUCGGUGAAUCCUUAUAUCGGAUCCCUCCAAAGACUUUGAUGGAGAUAAGACAAAGAGCAGCGGUAGAAAUAGAAACUGAAGAGGCCAUGUGUCACAAAAAAGCAGGAGAUAAGAGGGUGUUGGCUAACACAAAGAGUGAACGAGAUGUUAAAACAUCUCGAAGAGAAAGGACUCCACCUCGGACUAGGAUGGAUCGCAGGUUCGUUCCUUACUUAGCUCAGCAGAGAACUGAGUAUCGUUGA